AUGCAGUUCUUCGGGGUGAUCCUUACCAUAGGCUUGGGCAUUUUCUGCUCGAUCAGCGAAUCGGAGGGCCAUGGCAUGAUGUUGAAUCCGGCCGGGAGGUCUUCACGAUGGCGCUACGAUUCGACGGCGCCCACAAAUUACGAUGAUAACGCCUUAUAUUGCGGUGGUUUAUGGAAACAAACCCAAAACGGUGGCAACUGUGGACUUUGUGGAGAUGAUUGGAGCUUGGAGCAGCCGCGCCCCAACGAGCUGGGCGGAAAAUAUGGCAGUGGAGUGAUCGUGAAAAGCUACGCCGGAGUGACGGAGGCAGACAUUAGUGUUAGGAUUACGGCAAAUCACCUGGGCUAUUUUCGGUUCCACAUCUGCAACUUGGAUGAAAACGGCAGCGAGUCGGAAAACUGCUUCAACCAGUAUCCCCUGAACUUCACCGAUGGCGGCCAGAAGUACAACAUCAACUCAACCACAGGCGACAUCCCAGUGACCGUGAAACUCCCCACCGAUCUCAACUGCAUCCACUGCGUUCUGCGCUGGACCUACACGGCGGGAAACAAUUGGGGAGUGUGUGAAGAUGGAUCCGGGGCCAUGGGCUGCGGUGACCAGGAAACCUUUGUAAACUGCGCCGACAUCAGUGUACUGUCCUCGGCGAGAAGCAUCCUUAAGGAGGUGCCAGUGGAAGUGGCGGAAACUGUUUGAAACGUUGUCCUCCU